GGAGAGAGAGAGAAUAAGUCUCAGUCUACACAUUACAGAGUCAGGAGAAGUGCUUUGGCAGCCAGAGAAGAAGACCGUUGACCGUUGGCAUUUUUGAUCCUCGAGUUCAAAUUUGUCACAGGCCCGUCUUCGAAAAAAAUUAAAUCAAGAGGCACCGAGGCCCUCCUCAUCGAGGAGCUUACGGUACAGCCAAAGGGAAAGAAAGAUACAAGAGUUAUAUGAUCAUAACAGCGCCCCUACGACAGGUAGACAUCACGUCCAGGUUGAAAUAGAUACCGUUCGCCUGUCAGUGGAGAAGCAGGCGAGAGGGUGAACAUCAGACGGUGACAGACAAAGAGAGAGCGCGAAAAGAGCUCGAGGAGCCGUCGGACGAGACCAGAGAGACCAACUUCGAAUAAACCACGUCGCGACCAACCAAGCAACACAAUCCAAUGCAUUACGGUCCCCCCGGUUCCGCCGAGGAAGCCGCCGAGGAAACAUGUCGCUACCACGGGAAUGGAGCUUCCAGGACGCGUGUCGGGCGUCGCCGAGCCUGUUGGCCGACGCCGUCGAGGUCGGCGUCCCAACGGCAGCGUCCCAGGAGAUGUCGGCCGCAAUCAUCGGCAGCAGUCUCAUCGACGAGAACAUGAAUGAUCAGCCGGCGACGCAGCUGGGCUCACUGUUCUCCAUACACUCGGCGCCGGUGUUCGACCUGAACGGCAGCGUCUCCGCCGGGGCGCCGUCGCCAAAGCGGCCGGCGUCCCUGGCGGUGCAGGCGACAGCUACGUCGACGCCAAACGUGCCGCCGCACCUGCAGAGUCCCGAGGGCACCGUCGUCGAGGACGAGGACAACGACAACCUGCUGACGAUAUCCAGCCUCACUGCCCGGCCGCUCAUCGCCAAAUCCAGAGAGCUCAGAUCCGUCAGGUAUGCAGCCCCAAAAAGGAGAAAAUCCCGGCAGAAGAGCGAAAGCAGAAAACCCCGGAACACCACAUACGUCCCGUUGGACGGCGGUUACGGCUGGGUGGUGGUGUUUGGCGCUUUCUUCGUGCAGUUCUGGGUGGCCGGGCUGGUCAAGUCCUACGGCGUGCUCUACGUCGAGGUCAUGGAGACCUUCAAGGAGUCAUCCGCCUCGGUCGCGUCCUGGAUACCAGCGCUUCUGACGUGCCUAUGUCUAGCACUUGCUCCGGUGACCAGUAUGCUCUGCCAGAAGUACAGCUGUCGUACGGUGGUUUUUGUGGGUGGACUUUUCUGCGCCCUAGGACUUACAACUAGUUACUUUGCCACGCGAUUGAUACACCUCUUUUUUACAUUUGGAGUGCUGACAGGUAUCGGCGGUGGAUUGUCGACGACACCUGGUAUAAUCCUAGUGUCGCAAUACUUCGACAAACAUCGCGCCCUGGCGAACGGUAUCUGUGUGUCCGGCACUGCCGCGGGUAGUUUCGUAUUCCCGCUUCUAAUCGAAUUUCUGGUGAGGGACUUCGGCUUUCACGGCACAAUAUUACUACUAGGCGGUUGCAUGCUGCACGUGUGUGUCAGCGCGACCCUCUAUCGACCAUUGGAUGAAAAUUAUGCCCCUGAGGAAGAGGCCUCGGCGGAAAAGAUCGAGAAGGAAAUGAAAGAGCAGGAUCAGGACAAGUCGAAGCAACAAAAGUUGGAACUAUUGUUCGCCAACGAUCCGACUGCCCGACAUAACGUGCUGAACGAGCUGUUCCACCAGAACAGCGGCGUAGUGGCGGUCGAGCUGACCGACAGCGACGAGGAGAAGGACGUGAUGGGCGAAGGUCUCCGCAUGAAGCCCAUCUCCAAGAUCCGUAGCUCCAGUAUCCUGCACAGCGUGGAGGAUCUGUCGACGGACUCGACGUGCGUAUACAAGGCCGUGAACAGAUCGUCGCUCAGGUCGUUGAAGAUGCCCGUGACGACGAUGGGUCUGCCGGAACAACAGCAGCAGCAACAGCAGCAGCAACCGCCGUCGUCGCCGCCGAACAGGCUUCCGUCCCUGUCGCUGACAGCCUCGACGGACUCCAAGAAGAUCACGUUCAUGCAGAAACUGACGUUCUACCUCGACCUGUCGCUGCUGAAGAAUCCGCAGUUCAUCAUGAUGUGCUUCUCCGUCAGCCUGAUGUCCACCGGCAGUCCUUACAUGCUGUACUACCUGCCGGCGUACGUCCACGCCGCCGGCUACACGAAAUCGGAGGCCGGUUAUCUGGUGGCCAUCUCCGCCGCCCUUGACCUAUUCGGCAGGCUCGGUCUCGGCUGGCUCUCGGAUCUCAAGCUGUUCGACCGGCGAAAAGGGUACAUCGGCAGCGUGGUGGGUGCUGGCGUGGCAGUCCUGGCGAUCCCAAUGGCUCACUCCUUCUACGUGCUGGCGUGUUCCGUCGGCAUGUACGGGCUGUGCCUAGGCUGUUGGUUCCUUCUAGUUCCCGUCCUGCUCGCCGAUCAAUACGGCACCGACAAAAUAUCGUCCACCUACGGUCUCGUGAGGAUGUUCCAGAGCUUCGGGGCGAUCUCCAUUCCGCCUCUCGCAGGUUAUCUCCGCGAUGUUACUGGAAGCUACACUGUGUGUUUUCUGUGUAUGGGUACGUGUAUGGUCAUAGGGGGUUUACCUAUGCUUUUGGUUUUCAAUGAGAACCAAACGAACUCAACAAAGCUGCCCGUGAACGCCGAGAAUAAUAAUCGUCAGGGGGACACUACCGUAAAAGGGUAAAUUAUUUUGAAAAAAAUGUGAUCGUUGAUUAUAAAGUGAUUUAAUGUGUAAUAGGAAAAAAUAAAUAAAUAAAUCGUAACAGUUGUCACAAAAGA